ACAGAGCUCUAGAGCUUGUGCAGUCCCAUAUAAGGACAUGCUGAUGAUGUAAUGGGCGCCACAGACUUACUGCGAGUGAGAGUCAGUUUGCAGAGAACUUCUCAUAAUGUUUGGUUUUCCGGAUGGAAUGUCCACAUCACCGGGAAAACAGCCUUUUCCAGGGAUUUUAAAGACGGAAAAAGAACGACUUCUUUGUGCAGACUCAAGCUCUCUUUGAAAGAAGAUACUGCAAAAUCGAGAGAAAAAUGAACGAGCAAUCUCAACUGUAAAAGAGGAGUUAACCAACCUGAAGGAUUUUACCACAACAUUUAAUUGAGGUGGAAGAACAGAAGCGUACAAUCAAGGAUUUGACUGUCCCCAUCAUUCAUAUUGAGAAGGGGCUCCAUCCACUGAUCCACCCAGUGUAGAGGAACAGCUCACAUUUCUGCAACUGCAGCGCUGCUUAACCAAGUUUCCAUGACGGCCCCRAGCCUGUUAACAGAGGUGGAGGUGCUGAGGAAGAGGGUGGUGGAAAUGGAAGGGAAGGACGAGGAGCUGAUACGGAUGGCAGACCAGUGUCGAGACCUUGACCGCAGACUAACAAACGAGACCAGGCACUGUCGUGGCUUAAAGUUUGAGGUGGAUAAGCUCAAUGGCAGAAUCUGUGAAAUGGAGAGGAUGGAGGAAGCUUUGGGCAAAAGCAAACAGGACUGUACUAUUCUGAAGAACAACUUGGAGAAAGAGAGAGAGUACAGCAAGAUGAUGUCUGGGGAACUUGAUGUACUGAGAAUUAGGGUGAGAGAGCUGGAGGCUGUUGAGGGUCGGCUAGAAACAAGUGAAAUGAUUGUUAGACAAGACCUGGGCAAGCUUCGAGCGCUGACUGCGGCUCUGGUGGAGGACAGAAAGAGUAUGGCAGAGAAGCUCCGACAGGCAGAGGAAAAAGUGAGUAAGAAAGAGAGCAAGAAAAAUGAGCAAGGUAAUUUGGCAAUGAUGACAGAGAGGCUGAGAGAGGAAAGGCAGCUGGCACUAAGAUCUAAGGCAGAUUUAGAAGAGAAGAUUAAGGACAUUAUGAAGGAAAAGGAUGAGCUCAGAGACAGACUAAAAACAGAGGAGGAGAGGAACAGGGAGCUGCAGAGUAAAAUAACCACAAUGAAGAAAAAGUUAAACCUCUUUGAGAACAGGAAGGAAAAAGCAGAGAAGUACACAAGCAACACCAGCCAUUUGUGCCAAACUGAGGACAACAAAGUUAAAGAGCUGACUAAAGAGCUUGAUGAGCUGCAGAAGAGACUCCAGAACAAGGASGUAUUGGAGGCAGAACUGCUGAAAGUGGAGGAAGACUUAGAGGCCCUAGAAAGGAGGUUGAAUGAUGAAAGGAGACGGUCACAAGUUUUAACAGAGGAGCUAGAGGAGGCAAAGAAGGAGCUUUCCAGCUACAAGCAUGGAGAAAAAGAAGAGGUCAACAAGGAGCACCUUCUUCUUUGCCAUCUUCAAAAAGAGCAAGUCAAAUCCAGACUCCUAACUAGAGAAAUAGAUACCCUGAAGGAGAAACUCCAGCAGCUGAUGGGGACGGAGGAGUCAAUUUGCAAGGUUCAGAUGGAUCAGUCAACACUGCAGAAAAAACUGAGCCAGCAGGAAGCCAAGAACAACGAGCUGGCCCAGCAGAUGGAGAAAUUGACGAGUGAGCUCAACAGUUAUAGACAAAUCAAGAACUGGACGCCUGGAACCAAUAACCACUUCUCAGAUCUUCAUCAGACCACCAAAGAAGUGCAAACUGAUUCUGGAGAAAGCCUUAUUUCAACUCGCAACAUGCACAUCGAGAGAUUAAGUGAGGUAAACACCGACAAACAUCUAAACCCAAAUACCGAAGAAACAAAUAGAAAAAGCACUCUUGUCAGCAGCAUCGACAACUUMAACACUGCAAAUAACAGCAUGAACAGCCAUCCAGAAGUGGAUAUGCAGCAAACAGUUAACGGAGAGGUGAUGAUGCUGACGCACACACCAGGGCAGCCCUUACAAAUUAAAGUUACACCACAUCACAUGAUCAGCACAGCCACGCUUGAGAUUACCAGCCCUUCUGGAGACACCAGCACUGCCACCAUUCCAACGAGUGGGGCCUCUCCAAAGCAGAGAAUUACCAUCAUUCAGAGCUCGAGUUCACCUGUGGCUAAUCCUAAGAGUCCAUCUUCAAGUCCUGACCGAACCCUUUCCCCGGUCAAUGGAACACCCAUCUCUCGAGUGCUCAGUCCAAAAUCAUCCCGCUCUGCAACACCUGACAACAACUCACCCAUUCAGAUCGUCACGGUCAGGACAUGUUCUCCUGAGCCAACAGACGCUGCAAAUCCAGCCGUCUUCUGCAAGACUCCUGAGCGGUCCAACAGCUGGCAGCGACAAAUGUCCAACAGUAGUGAUACAAGUCCCAGUAUCAUUACAACGGAGGAUAGCAAGAUCCACAUCCAUCUGGGGAGCCCAUAUAGCCACCCUCUAAAUGGUAUGGGCCAAAGCAUCCCGCCGGCUGUUGGGCCGUACUACCUUCGGCAUGAGCAAAGGACUCAAGUAAUUGCCAAUGGAUGUCACGUGAAAGGUGUUGGCAAGAUCACAAGCAGCAUCACCAUCUCCCCUGCUAAUGCUCAUGCCUCACACUCAAACAUCACCGUUAGUGGUCUUUAUGAUUAGCAGCAAAAUGUAAUUUAAUACCUAAAUGAGUAUUUGUUUAUUCUUAUAUAACCAUCAUAGCCUCCCACCAGUGCCUUUGUUAAACCCAUUUACUGCUUCUUAUAACCUUUAAAAAUAUCUUAAUUGCUACUUGUACAACUGUCACUAACUAAAUAUGUAAUGCAUUUAUUGUAAUUGUUUGCUUCAUUAACCAUUAUUUUCUGGCAAAUUAAACUUUUUUUUCCCCCAUUGCA